ACCUGUCAUAACAGUGCAAUAUUUUUUAAAUUGUAAAAUUUAUGUGAAGUCGCACACAGAAUAGUGAUUGUCUUAUUUAUUGUAAAUACUACAGGGAAUCAAAGACAAGCACAUUAACACCAGACAAAAAGUUAAAUACUACUUCUAAUCGAAUUACGUUUGAACCUAUAAAAUGAAACCAACUAUUGCUGCAGACGAAAUGUUUCCCGAAGGAGUUGGACCAUAUAUGGAUUUAGAGGAAGCUGGAGGACCAUCUAAUCUACUUAUGGAUUUGGCUGCUAAUGAGAAAGCAGUGCAUGCCGAUUUUUUUAAUGAUUUUGAAGACUUAUUUGAUGAUGAUGAUUUGAAGUAACAAGAUCGCUGUUAAUAAAUAAAUAAAAGUUAAAUGUAAAUUUCAAUAAUAGACAUAAAAAUUGAUGUUAUGAGUUGUUUUAUUACUUUGUAAACAAUUACAUACAAAUAUUAAGUCAAUAAAUACAUUACUAAAACUUU